UUCUAUUGUCAAAUGAGUUUCGUGUUAACUGGUAUUUGGCUGUGUAGUGUUAUAGAUAUCAGCCGAAAUUUAAGAUAGUUAUUUUCUGGUGUGCAGUACGAACGCAGUAGUAACAUGGCAGCCAAAGGACUUUUUUUGAAGUAUUAUCCACAUCCUAGUCCUUUGCGAAACAAGCGCUUCUUCCCGUCUUUCAUCGGUCUACCUCAUGAUGAAGAGGUGGAUGAAGAUUACUUUGUAAUCAACCCACUUCUAAUGUCAGUCUAUCCAAAGAUUCACUGGUGCUUCCUAGGCGAGAUAACUCAUCUAGAAUUCUUCAUUCGCCCUCGAGCCUAUUGCAAAGACAGAGUCGAAAGAGGAAACAUUCACGUGGCAUUUCACCCAGAAAGUGGAAGUUUUGAUUUCAACGAUUUGAAAGUUGGUCGUGUCCUGUGUAUCCGUUAUGCGGAGAGUCACACAUUUCUCGAUUUAUCUUAUGGUAUUCGCGUCGAACACCUAGAUUUUGUUAUGGUCAUCAAAGGUAGUUUUUCAACCCUAAUUAAAAUAUCCGACUUCGAUCCUCAGCGGAAGACUUCUCAAUGUUGGGCCUGUACAGGUCAAAAUGAAUUAAAAUCAUGCAAAGGAUGUAAAGUUGCCAAGUAUUGUAGUAAAGAAUGCCAAGCUUUGGAUUGGCUAUCAAGACACAAAACAUGGUGCCCUGCCCUCCCUGGAUAUCAGAAACUGUUAGAUAUCGACUACACCCAAUAUGAAUAUCCUUUCCACAAAACGUUUUCAAGAAAUUAACAUUUUUUUCCUUUGAACAUUACAACUAUAUCUAUAUAUUCUACAAAGUAUGAUCUAUCAGCGUUGAAACAUAUAUCACGUGGACCGUGAAGAUCCGACUGGACCGAAAAAUAGAAAGUGAAGGUUUAGAAAAAUUGUAAAGAAUUAGGAAACAUAUGUUUGACAGUUUAUUUUCGUAUUAAUGUUUAAUGCCCUACUUUAUUACGUUAUUUAACUACAAAAGAUGUGUAAGUUACAUAUUUAAAAAAUAUUAUGAUGUUUGCCUAGUUUCAGUUUUGUUUUAUAUUACAUAACAAUACUGAGCUGUAUUUAAACGUUUACG